ACGUUCAAAGCCUCUGUCCAAAUAAAGGAAAAACCAGCAGCGGGGUUAGCUCAGAAAACCGCUGCUGUGAAAAGAGGAAGUUAACGGUACAUGUAGAGGAUGCGGCGAGCCAAAGAUAACACUUUUUCGUCGUUUUAAUUAACGAUAAUCACACCAAGUAGCAGUGUUUUUAAUACAGACCUACAUCAUUUUAUGACUCAUUCAUUCAGAGGGACAAAAUGUAACAGGAAAACGAGAUUUGCUCAGCGGCAACUGGUGGGAAGCUGAAGGCGAAAAAGCCGAAGAGAAAGCCAAAAAGUGGUUUGCGCUUUAGCCUGCUUCCAUAGCCAUGGCGAGAGAGAAGACCCACGUUAAUGUCGUCAUCAUUGGCCAUGUGGACAGUGGCAAGUCGACCACCACCGGACACCUUGUUUAUAAGUGUGGCGGUGUCGAUCAGAGAAAACUGGAGAAGUUUGAGAAGGCUGCAGCUCAAAUGGGGAAGAGUUCCUUCAAGUUUGCCUGGCUGUUGGACAAACUGAAAGCUGAGCGAGAGCGAGGGAUCACCAUCGACAUCUCUCUGUUGAAAUUCAACACCCAGAAUUACAGCAUGACCAUCAUUGAUGCACCAGGACACAGAGACUUCAUCAAAAACAUGAUUACUGGGACAUCCCAGGCUGACGUUGCUCUGCUGGUCGUCUCUGCAGCUAAAGGAGAGUAUGAAGCGGGCAUUUCCAGGAGUGGCCAGACAAGAGAGCAUGCUUUACUGGCUUACACCUUGGGUGUGAAGCAGAUCAUAGUCUGUGUGAACAAGAUGGAUAUGACUGAACCUCCAUACAGCCAGAAACGCUAUGAAGAAGUGGUCAGAGGUGUGAAGGUCUUCCUCAAAAAGAUUGGUUAUGACACUAAUGCAGUGCCAUUUGUGCCAAUCUCUGGCUGGACUGGAGAAAAUAUGGUUACCCAAACACAAAAGAUGCCAUGGUACCAAGGCUGGAAAGUGAGGUCAAAGGAAGGCGUUUCAAGCGGUAAGACCCUCCUUGAAGUCCUGGACUCAAUUAAGCCUCCAGUGCGCACAAUUAACAAGCCCCUACGCUUGCCUCUGCAGGAUGUCUACAAAAUUGGAGGUGUUGGGACUGUCCCAGUGGGGAAGAUUGAAACUGGAAUCCUUAAACCAGGCAUGACCCUGAUGUUUUCCCCUGCCAAGCUCACUGCAGAGGUAAAGUCCAUAGAGAUGCACCACCAAGGUCUGGAUGCAGCUCUACCAGGGCACAACGUUGGCUUCAACAUCAAGAACGUGUCUGUAAAGAACCUGCGGCGUGGAGAUGUGGCUGGAAAUGUCCAACAUGAUCCGCCUUCAGACGUCCAUAGCUUUGAAGCUCAGGUCAUUAUCCUGAAUCAUCCAGGAAGGAUAAAAACAGGUUACUCUCCUGUACUGGACUGCCAUACAGCCCAUGUCACCUGUCGCUUCGCAGAGCUGAAGGAGAAGCUUGACCGCCGUUCAGGCAAGAAGCUGGAGGACAACCCACAGCUGCUGAGGUCUGGAGAUGCAGCCACGGUCAAACUGGUUCCUAUAAAACCCAUGUGUGUGGAGAGCUUCUUCAACUACCCUCCUUUAGGUCGCUUUGCAGCCAGAGACUUGAAGCAGACUGUAGCUGUAGGCGUGAUCAAGUCUGUGGAGAAGGACCAAAGCUCUAAGCCUUCUCAGAAGGCACAGCCUAAAUGAGUUGGUUUUAGUGGCCAACUGUACUUUUUAUUUUGAGAAAAGUAAUGUUUGUGUUGCAACAAAAAGCAUUAAUAAUUUCUUUAAAGUGUAUGAUGAUCCUGUGUUAAUAUUACCCCAAAAUUGUAAAAAGGGUGAAUUAUUUAAAUUAGAAAAAC